AAACCCCUCACUCCCAUGGCUGAAAUCUAGACCUCCUUUCCCAAGAAGAAGAAGAAUGAGGAUAGCUCAUCCUCAUCGUAGUAUCUCGCAAAUUCGGUUUCGCCGAAAGCUCAGAAAUCUCUGCACUUGGUCCAAAUCAUUCACUCAAGAUAAUGACGAAAACGACACUCACUUCGUUUCGAUCCUAAAUGACAUAGUACGCGGAAAUAAGAGCUGGACAAUUGCUUUAAACGACGCCUUCAUUUCCAGAACGUUGAAGCCUCACCACGUCGAAAAGGUCUUGAUCAAAACUUUGGACGAUUCCAGGUUAGCCUUGAGAUUCUUCAACUUCUUGGGCCUUCACAGAGGCUUUAAUCACUCAUCGGCGUCGUUUUGCAUUCUGAUUCAUUCUCUGGUUCAGUCUAAGCUGUUCUGGCCGGCUUCGUCGCUAUUGCAAACCCUUCUUCUUCGUGGGUUAAACCCAAAUGAGGUAUUCAAUUGUUUUUUAGAUUCUUAUGAGAGCUGCAAGUUUUCGUCUACUACUGGCUUUGAUUUGUUAGUUCAAUGUUACGUGCAAAAUAGGAAAGUAAUGGAUGGUGUUACAGUUGCGAGACUCAUGAAAGACUGUAGACUGAUGUUAUUACCUGAAGUUAGAACCUUGAGUACCUUACUAAAUGGGCUUGUAAGAAUUAGGCAAUUCAAACCGGUUGUAGAACUGUUUUAUGAGUUUGUGAAUAAAGGUCUCCAGCCUGAUGUUUAUAUGUACACAAUUGUCGUUAGAAGUUUGUGUGAAAUGAAGGAUUUUAUCCAAGCUAAGAAAGUGAUUGAGAAGGCUGAAUCAAAUGGGUGUGUAUUGAAUGUCGUAACGUAUAAUGUGUUGAUUCAUGGACUGUGUAAGAGCCAUAAGGCUAGUAAGGCUCUUGCAAUUAAGAAUUUGUUGAGUCGAAAGGGAUUGAAAGCGGAUAUGGUUACUUAUUGUACAUUGGUACUUGGGUUUUGUAGAGUCCAAGAGUUCGAGGUUGGUAUGGAACUAUUGUAUGAGAUGAUUGAACUGGGGCUUGUCCCUAGUGAGGCAGCUAUUUCGAGUGUAGUGGAGGGAUUGAGGAAGAAGGAGAAGAUUGACGAUGCUUUUGAUUUGGUAGAUAAUGUUAGUGGAGUUGGGGUGGUGCCUAAUUUAUUUGUUUAUAAUUCUUUGAUUAAUUCUUUGUGCAAAGAUGGGAAAGUAGACAAGGCAGAAUCACUUUUUAAUAAGAUGGGCUCGAAGGAUUUGUUUCCCAAUGAUAUUACUUAUUCUAUUUUGAUAGAUUCUCUCUGCAGAAGGGGUAAACUGGAUGCUGCUGUAAGUUAUUUUGAUAGAAUGAGCGAGGCUGGGAUAAGGGCAACAGUGUAUACAUACAAUUCUUUGAUAAAUGGGGAGUGCAAGUUUGGGGAUCAAACUGCAGCAAAGUCUUUCUUCACUGAAAUGAUCAGAAAAGGUGUAGUGCCAAAUGUUGCAACCUAUACAUCACUGAUAAGCGGAUAUUGCAAAUCUGGAGAAAUCACUGAGGCAUUUAGACUAUAUCAUGAAAUGACUGGGAAGGGCAUUGCACCAAAUAUUUACACUUUCACUGCUCUCAUUUCUGGUCUUUGUCGAGCAAAUUUGAUGCAUGAAGCAAGUAAAAUGUUCGAUGAAAUGAUAGGGAGGAGAAUUAUGCCCAAUGAGGUGACUUACAAUGUCAUGAUAGAGGGAUACUGUAGGGAAGUAAACACCACAAGAGCCUUUGAACUGUUUCAUGAAAUGGUAGAGAAGGGUCUUACACCAGACACAUAUACUUAUAGAUCUCUAAUAAGUGGUCUGUGUUCUACAGGUAGAGUUUCUGAAGCCAAAGAUUUUGUAGACAACCUUCAUAAGGAGAACUGUAAUUUAAAUGAGAUGUGCUAUAGUGCACUUCUACUUGGAUUUUGCAAGGAAGGGAGAAUUAAAGAUGCAUUGGUCACAUGUCGUGAGAUGAUUGAAAGAGGUGUUGACUUGGAUCUGGUUUGUUAUGCAAUACUUAUUAAUGGAACUUUAAAGCAACAGGAUACCAGAAAGUUCUUCAGUGUCUUAAAGAAGAUGCGUGAUCAACAAUUGAGGCCUGAUAAUGUAAUAUACACAAGUAUUAUUGAUGCAUAUGGAAAAUCGGGGAAGUUUAAGGAGGCAUUUGGAGUUUGGGACAUAAUGGUUGGUGAAGGCUGCAUUCCUAAUGUUGUAACAUAUACAUCCUUGAUACAUGGCUUCUGCAAAGCAGGAUCUCUAGAUCAAGUAGAGCGUCUUUUCAAAGACAUGCUGAUUGGCAAUUGUCUUCCCAAUCAUGUAACAUAUGGUUGUUUCUUGGACCACCUUAGCAACGAAGGACAAAUGGAUAAAGCCCUACAACUGCACAAGACCAUGCUUGAAGGGUUUUUAGCCAACACUGUAACAUACAACAUUCUCAUACGAGGGUUUUGCAAAAUGGGGAAAUUUGAGGAGGCUUCUGAACUCCUUGUUGGAAUGACAAACCAUGGUAUUUUCCCUGAUUACAUCACCUAUUCUACCUUUAUAUAUGAGCAUUGUAGAUGGGGUAAUUUGCAUGAUGCUAUUAGACUUUGGGAUACCAUGCUUGACAAAGGUUUGAAGCCUGAUACUCUGGCAUAUAACUUUGUGAUAUACGGUUGCUGUGUCAAUGGGGAAAUGACAAAGGCGUUUGAAUUGCGUGAUGACAUGAUGAAAAGAGGGUUGAAGCCAGAUCGAUUUACAUAUAACUCACUCAUGCAUGCAAAUUGCUUGAAAAGUUAGCUAGGCAGGAGCUACAUAUGCUUCAAGGCCUGAGCAGGCGUACGACCUCUGCUAACCACAGAGCUACCUAGUGCUCUUGGUUACAGGAUGUUGACUGUCAGUGUUGAGGAAUUUACUAAAAUAACAACGUUAGAAAAUGAAAUUUGCAAAAUAACUUCUCAUUUUUUUCAUUGAGCAAACAAGGGAGUCACUCGAUGUAAGAUUUGGGUGGCAAAAAGUUUUGUAUGUCGUUUUAGAAAUAGGUGUUUCUCUUGUAAAUUAUUAUUAACAUUUGUAUAGCUGUAGUUGAAGAAAACCGGAUGUAACAUAUAGUUUCUGAAGUUUUGUUUUUUAAUGAACCCGAGUUUAUGAA